AUGGCCGCUCCAGGCUCCAAGACCCUCCAUACCCUUGAUGGGGAGUGGGCUAUGAACAAGAAGCUCUCCGAGUCUAUCGAUGAAGUUCUGCGCCUUCAGGGACUGCCUUACUUUGCACGGGCUGCUAUAAAGCUUGCGAGUCCAAGCUACACCAUCCGACAGAGCGUGUUCCCUUCGGAAGACCCGGACAGCGAGCAGGAGACUGUGACGUGUGUCGAGACAGUUCAGAGAUUAUCCGGCGUUGCCGAGACCACUGAUGUCCGGAUCCUGGAUGAUAAAGUUCUUGACGAGAAGACAAUGUUCUGGGGCAAAACAACCAAGCAGCACGGAUGGGCACAGGCCAAUGAGUUUGAAAAUGAGUAUUUGCGGGAAGGCUGGCUUCUUGAUGGAAAAGACAGCAAGCUAAUGGUAACCUACACGGAGAGCAAGGAUAAGGGGUGGAAGGGAACGCAGGUCACUGGCUUCAGAUUGGUUAAUGAUGAGAGGUAUUACUGUGUUCGAAUUUUGGUGGAGAAGGAAGAGAAAUUUGCCGUGGCUCAGCUUGUUUAUGACUAUAUAUGCUAG